UUUUGAUGAAGCUCGUGUUGAAGUUCUCCAAAUACGAAGAUGCUCCGUUUCAUACUGAUAGUUGCGACAUUCGUUGCAGUGGAAGGCCAUGGUGAUGCAACUUUUUCAAAGCGAAAUGAUCCACUGCCUGAUCUUGUAGCAUUUUGGCCGCUGAAUAACAAACAUUUUCUUGACGACAUCUCUGAUAAUCAAAAUCAUGCAACUGACCCUUGGAACAAUGUAACGUUGACAUACAAAACUUACCGAAGUUGCACCGUUUAUGAAUUCCGUGGUAACCCCAGCUCGUAUCUGGUUUUUCCAAACAAUGGUAAUGAUUUCGACACUCGAAGGUCAACCACCACCAUGGCGUGGGUUUGUCCAUAUGGUAAUCCAGUUCCUAUUUUUUACUUCGAUCCAACUUUAAAUGAUAAGGGUGUUCAAAUAUCGCAAGUGAUAACUGGCGGGGCACCAUCGGGGUUGUCUGCAAGCGUUAAAUUUACCAAACGAGAUGGAAUUCCACCGGUGACACCAUUAGAAAAAGAAAUACCUGCUUUGAAUACAUGGUAUCAUCUGGCUGUUGUCUACGAUUAUGAGAAUGGCAUGGGACACUUGUAUCUCAAUGGGAAUUUGGAAUCGGCACCCUUUGAAGGAGAAAUAGCAACUCAAUAUGAUGCACAAGCCGGCGCUGCACUUCUUCCUCAAGAAUGGUUUAAUGGUUCCAUAACGUGUAUACAAAUUUACAAUAGAACAUUGACUGAAGCUGAAAUUAAGGCAGCCAUAUAA